CACACACACACACGUACGGGGGGCACACACAUGCACUCGCAUGCACACGCCCGGGUGCACACCGGCACCUGCCGUGCGACAGGGACCCCUCUGUGCACCCCUUCGGCAGCGCCGGGACCCUCCGUGGGCACCCUGGGGGCUGCGUGGGGAGGGGCUCUGGAGAGCACAGAGCAGCACGGUGGGUUUUGUGUGCGGUCUGCCUGGAGGACGUGUCCUCCACAACUAGCAGUCCCCUGUGGGACAUGAGGUGGAGCUGGGCUGGCGACACUGGGUUUGCACCAUGAGCAUCCCCAGCCCCAAAGACAGCAGGGAGAGGUCCCAUAUGGACGUUGCCCUGACUGUCCCCAAAUUCUCAGGGAAAGUGGGGGUUGACCUGGGUUUGGGUCAGGUAUGAUAUACCCCAGCUCCCACUGGGCUUAAUGCCUCCCCCUUUCACACACACACACACACACACACACACACACACACACACACACACACACACACGUUAUUUAUUCCAUUUUCCCCAGAGUAUUCAUGUCAGUGCCUGCACUCUUCUUCUCCCUGACCUGGCACCAGAGCCAGGCACGUGCCCCAGCAGCGACCUGCUGGCAGCCACACACUUUCCCUCGUUUGUUAGUACGACGUGGUCUAUUUCCACAUUUGGAGCAGUGCCUGGAGAUGUGGAUAUAAAUCCCAGCAAUAGCGGGUGGGCUGCUGACAGCUGCUGGGAAGGUCUGUCCAUUACUUUGCCAGUCCCUUCAACACCUUCACAUGUUUCCAGCAUCUCCAAAAGCACACCCAGUGCUGCAGGUGCUGGGUGAGCUCAGUACUGGGGCUGCAGGGAUGAUGUUUGUGCCUGCACCCUGUCCCCAUUGUAUCCUGAACCCUGUCCCUGCACACAGUGUGUUCCUCUGCAGCUAUACUGGGCUCUCUGUGUUAUCCAUAGUGUCUGGGCACUUCUCUGUGUGGAGCUACCAGAUGGGAGUUUCUUGCCACCUGUGUCAUGACAGGGCAGGAAUUUUCUCUGAAGUCUCUGUCAGGUACAGCUAAAAUAGAUAAAAAAAAGGUCAGAGAGUUUUAGAGCAUGCCACACAAAUAAAGAGGUGUUUUCUGAGGGCUGGACAGGUGCAACACGAUCCAGGCACAGCACCUAUCCAGGCACAGUGUCUAUCCAUGAGGCUGACUGGAACACCCUAAACCAACACAUGGCACCUUCUCAGUCUCUGAGCUGCAGCAAGGGCAUGGAGCUCUCAUGGCAGGGGGCUUGGAAUGAGAUGAUCUCUAAGGUGUCUUCCAACCCAAACCAUUCCGUGACUUUGUGACUCUGUGGAACACAGAGGCUUCCCAGCACAGUGUCCCCAGAGAUGUAGCCAGAAGUGGGCCGAGAAAGAAGCAGAAUUAAAAAUAAAUGUAAGUGCAUCCUGACACGUUAACUACAUUUAGAGAGUCUUUAGUACCAACCCACUCCGCAGGAAGGCAAGAGAUGCUUGGAGACAAGUAGGUCAUGGGACACAGAUUGUCCCAAAUCAGCAGGAAAAGAUGGAUUUGGAGCAGGCAGGCAUAUCUCAGUGAACAGAUGGGCAGGAGCAGAUCUGCUGCCUCACCAUCACCAAAUUCCCUGGGAACACAGAACUGCCACCAGUUUGCUCCUGAGCAGAGCUGUGGUCAAGCCCUCUGUCCUGGAGCACCCAAGCCCCAAGGCUGCCUGUGCACCCAGGGAUGCCAAGGCCAGGAGCCUGGCCAGGAUGGGGAUUUGUGAGGCAGAAACAGAGACACUCCUGCUGUGGCUCCCACCUGCCUUCCUACAGGGACAGGGCUGAGCCUGCCAUGGGGUCAGGGCUCCAUGCUGCCCAGGAGCUGCUCCUGCACCCCAAUCCCGCAGCAGUGCUCGAGAGGCCACCUGUGAGGGAUGAGGUGGAGGGAUGCAUCCUGCUGGCAUCGCUGCUUGCACUGUGCUGCCCCAGGAUCCCAGUGCCAUUGCUGGAUGGGAGCUGGAGGGGACCCCAGGCCUUUGAAGGGUCCUCAGGGUAGCCCAAAAUCCUUCCUGAUCUUGAGGAUGGAGACUGGCAAAGGCCACGCCAUCCCCAAGGUGCUGGCACUAAGAGACGGGGAGGAGAGGCUGAGACAGCCAAGAUCUAUGCUGCCAGUGCAGGAGCAAAGAGAGGAGAGAGACAGCCAAGGUCAGAGGGAGCACUGCCAAAAUUCACAAUGAAACUGCAGGAGUGCUGGAGGGGAGAGACAGACGACUUGGAAAGAAAAGGAAAGAGGAGGGGGGGAGGAGUCUGGGAGAUAGAACAGGGUGAAGGAGCCAGACGGGGAACCAAGGAUGGGAACAUGUAACUCCUCAGACAAAAUGAUUGAACAUGGAUGAGAGGGACAGCAAAUGGAAGCCUCAGGCAGGCAGAAGAGGACAGCAGGAGCAGGAAUGUGAUGGAGCUAGACAGGACCUGGCUCUGUUCCCUAAUACAGCCCAGUGCAGCACAGCCAAAUUUUGGGGAGUGCACAGCUGUCUGGUGCCCACUGGCAGUGCUGACCCCUAUCCAGCCUCACCACCGAGGUGAAGUUUAAUUCCUGCCUCCUUAGCAUUCACAGCAUCCCAUGGCAGAGCGAGGACUCGCAGCCAGCACGGCUCAAGGUGACUCGGAGGUCAGGGGAAAAGCAGCCAGGCAAUUCAGGAGCUGGCUCUACAUCACUGAGAGAUCCAGCAAUUUGGGAGGACCAGAGAUCCCCAGCACAUCACAGCCUCCCUGCCUUGACACUGCCAGUUCCUGUGUACCCCAGACACAGCAUCCCAGUGCUCCCCAUGGAUGAGGGGGUUUCUGAUUCAGCAAUCUGCUCCUGCGAGAUGCUGCCACCAGCAAGGCAGGUAGGGCUGGACUUGAGCCUUGGUGCUGGGGAGGGCUGGAGCUGCACAAUGGGCAACAGUGAGGGUGGUUCCCCUCUUGCAGGGCAUGGAGUUCUCAGACAGGUUUGGUGCCCUGGAUGGGUAGUGGAUACCUGCCCCUGGGCUCGUGGGAGGUUCCUCCAAGUCCCUGUGGGGAUACACCACUCCAAGGAUGAUUUAUAGCAAAAAAUCGCUCUCCUUCCCCAAACAUCUGAGCCCCAGCCCAAAGGCAGCUGGAGGGAUGGAGCCCUGCUUACCACUAUGGCCAGAUGCAGAGCUGCACUGGGAUGAGGCUCAGCACUUUCCUGGUGAUAAUUAAGAUCUCGUUAUCUUCAGCUAACACCAGGGAGACAGGGAAAACCUCAGGUGCCUUGUGAUAUGGCAACAGCUGAUGCUCCGGGCUGUGCCUGGGAGCAACGGGAGCUUCGCUUGUUCUGUCUGAAUAUAAAGCAUGGAAAGCACGAAGCAGAGGGUGAAAAACUAUUUUUUCCCUGGCUGGUGACAUCUAAGUGUGCAAAUACACUGUCUUCUCUCAGGGGUGGCUGGAGCUGACACAGAUGGAUGGCUGUGCACCUUUUGCCUUUCCCCCUCUGUACAGAGGUCUGACCCGAGGCUCUGGGGUUUUUUGUUUGUGUUUGUUUUUGUUUUUGUUUUUUGUUUUGUUUUCUUCUGCAAAUUUCCUUCACCAGGGGAGUUUUAUCAGACGUGUGUGGAGCCACGCAGGAGCUGCUCACCUGCAGAGAAAGAGAUGGGGCGGUGUCUGCAAACGGGCUCUUGGAACGUCAAGGUUUGCUAUAGCUCUGCGAACCUCUGGACACUUACUCCUGGGGGUGGUGCGGAUUUACAACAGGAAAGUAAAGUACCUCUUGGCAGACUGCAAUGAAGCUCUGACCAAAAUGAAGACAGCCUUUCGUCCAGGGCUUCUUGACCUUCCAGAAGAGAACUUUGAGGCUGCUUAUCAGUCCAUUACAUUACCUGAAGAAUUUCAUGAUUUUGAAGCACCACUACCAGAUGUAAAGGCCAUUGAUGUUGCUGAACAUUUUACCUUGAAUCAGAGCAGAGCUGAAGAAAUCACACUUACAGAGGAUUAUGAAAGCAGCAUACUUCUCUGUGAAAGAAACUUUGAUGAAGAAGCAGAAGCCCUGAGGAGACAGAGCUUCUUUGAGAGCAGUGUCCUGACGAGCAGUAACAGUCUGGUGGCAGAUCCCAACUCAGCCAGCACCAGUGGAGACAAAUCUGUGCUGCAUGAAGAUGUUUACUGCUUCCAGGAUGACCAUUUUGGGGAUGAGGAGGAUGCUGCAGAUAUGAUUGUUGAGUCCAACUGUGCAGACACCACUGUUAAGGAUGAAAAUCACACAAUGAACGAGACAAUCCUUUUGUUCCAGGAAGAAGGAUUUGUGCUUGAGCCAGUUGAUGAUACAGCUGUCACCCCGAGGAAGAAAAAACAAAGAAAGAGGAAGCUGCUGGUGGAUGCAGAGAAGGAGCUCAGCUGCCAAACCAUUUACAAGCAGCUCUCCAACUCCUCUGACCUCCUGGCCACGCUGGACCUCGCUCCCCCCACCAAGAAAACGAUGAUGUGGAAGGACUGGGGAGGUGUGGAUAAACUCCUGUCCCAUUCUUCAGUGCCUAUGAUUGAUGCUCAGCUGCAAAAGUUGUUUGAAAAAUGCUUCAAGACUGACAUAUUUAAGAUGAGAGCAAAUGGAAUACGGAGGAUGUCUGAAAUGAAAGAAAUGAGAAAAGAGCAAGAUACUACAGAGAUGCUGCCAGUAGAAGAGCCAAGUUACCUGCAGGAGCCAGCUCAUUCUGAGACUGAGAGGAAAAUUAGAAAUGAUUCCUUUAUGUUGACAUCACAGAAUGACAGAAAUGAAGCCAAUGAGAACUGUGGUGAAAUUAUAGAGGAUGGAGCAGCUUUCUCUGAGAGCUCCAAAAAUUCCCCGGGCCAGGAAGUUGAAGCACAGCAGGUGGAGGUGCCAGAGGAGCAAGCAACCACUGGAAAAGACAAUGAAGAAAUAAGAUGGGGCAAAAGAUCUCUUUGGUUACAAAAAACCUUACAGCAACUGAAGAGAUCAGGAGUGUCUUCCUUCAGUUUCCGGGAGCUCUGCCGCAGAAACAGCCGGAAAGAAGCUGCAGCCACAUUUUACAUCUUCCUGGUGCUGAAGAAGCAGCAGGUCCUCCAGCUGCAGCAGCCCAAGCCCUUUGCUGACCUCACAGCCACUGCUGGGCCCAUGUUUGACAAGAUCAGAUAAACUGAUCAAAAUACAGCUUGGGUUGCAUUUUCCAGCAAAUUGUUUUUCUGGGAAAAGCAUGGAAUGUCUUGCCAAGCUGUGGGAGAUGAGCAGAGCUCCCUGCCCUCUACACCACCCAGCAUGACCAUCACCUGGUCCUGCCCCAGGUGAUCACUACAGGGCUUACUAUUAAUAUUUAUAGUUACAUAAUGAGUUAUAUGAUAGUUAUACAAUAUGUUAAUAAAAUACCACUAAAAUAUAUAUUCUACGUAAGGGAUUUACAUUGUGAAGCAUUUUAUAAAAGUCCUCCAAGGAAUUUUAUAAAAAUCCUCAAAGGAAUUUCAUAAAACCUUUCUCAGAGACUACCUUUGGAGCUUAAAUUAUUUUUGACAAGGCUUGUGUCUGUUAAUUCUCUAAUACCAUCAGUAAGAGUUAUCUGUUUACUCUCUAGCAAAAAAUUUUAGAUUAUUUAAAAUUGUUCCUGUCAAAGAAUGUUCAAUAUUUCAUAUUUUAAGAUCUAGCAGGGUCCUGUCUCCAGUGUUGCUUUUGUGUGUUCAGGCAGACAGAGGUUACACUGGCCCUGGAAGAGUCCAGAAGCUGCAGACAGAAAUUUUAUUUCCUAGAAACCCUGCAUUGUCAGAUUUCACAGAGCUUUUUAACUUAUUAACACCUUUAUUCAUGUGUAGACCUAUUUAAAAAUGGAUGUUAACUGAAAUAUUAUUAGUUCUUUGCAUUUUUAUCUAAUUUAGGAUAAAUUUUAUCCCUUUUACUGUCAUUUUCUGAAGCUCUUGGUUUCCAGCUGCCCCCCACCUGGAGGAGGGAUGGUUGUGCCCCACUCAGCUGCUUUGGGGACAUCAUUGUUCCUUCAUGUGGAAUCAAUAAAAAUCAGAAAAUGUU